UUCAUUAAGACAUCACAUCAAACUGACAAUUGUCGCUGAGCAGACUUUAAAGAGUCAUUUCCCACAGGAGGAAUCUAAUUAUUUUUCUUUCUAUCACAUUAACCGUCUGUUCGGCCUUGUUCACACAAAGGUGAUAACGAACCGGGAAGCUCUUAUUUUGGCACUUUGGGUGUUCUUUGAACUUUUUUUUUUUUAAAGGGAAACCUAUAAAGGUCCGGAGAUCUGUUUCUAUAUAAAACACAGAAAAAAAGCCCCCAUAUUCACAAUGUCCGCCUCACUGAGCACCGGUGUGGUUUCCAACAUGGAUCUGGAAGCUUUUACAGCAACCAUCCUAUCCGAAUGGGAGAGCAUCGAGGGCGCUUCUGGAGAAAACCAGCAGUCCGUUUGUCCACGGUCCCCCCUGGAUUCAUCGCUGUGCUCAUCGCCGGAGAUGUGUCGCCCCAUCUCCAGACAGGAGAUGAAGGAUUUUUCUUUUGGAUGCAGCGGGCGCAAAGGGACUCAGCAGAGGCAAAGCAAAGCAAAGAUGUCCGAGAAAAGGCGCAUGAAGGCCAGCGAGAGGGAGAAGAUGCGGAUGAGAAGCCUGGCAGAGGCUCUCCACCAGCUCCGAGACUACCUUCCGCCGGACUACAGCAAGAGAGGCCAGCCCCUGACCAAGAUCCAGACGCUUAAAUACACCAUCGAGUACAUCAACAAGCUCUCGGACAUCUUGAGCCGUGCGUAACGGACGCAGCUCGGACUACUUUUACGCAGCGUUCAUCUGGUCCUCAUUCAGAAAACAUGUUUACAUUUUCUUACAAAAUAACUUGAAAUCUUAUAUUUUUUAUCAUUUUUUCCCUUUGGAUUUGAUGUAUAUAUUAUUUGGGCACUUUGGAAAAAUAUUUGGACAUGAGGAUGCCCAUUUUUUUUUAGAGUUGUGAAUUUAGUUGGUACAUGAAUUGUAUAGUAUUCAAUUUUUCUACGCUUUUUUUCACUGAAAAGGGAUCAAGAGACAAAAGGGAAAAUGUUUUCUCUAUAUACUGAUACCUUUGUUCCUUAUGAUAUUCAAAUUGUGUGUGGAUUUUCACGUUUUGUGUUCGUAAAACCCAUUAAAUAUUAUUUUUGUGUG